AUGGAGGUCCAUCCGCUACUCGGCCGAUACCGGCCAAAUCCCGAGCUCAGUGAGGCUGCCAAGGCCUGCAAGACAAGCCUCGUAUUCGACGCUGUGGAAGUCAAUCAGGUCAAGGAGAAAGUGGACCUCGCCGAGGCAAUUAUAAGCUCAAUAUCCAAUGCCGAGCUUGAGAAUACACUCGAAAUUGUGGAUGUAAGUAUGAAUGGACUCACACAUUUUGCCCAUAGAAGCUCAAGAAUCUCAAGGAAGACCUCGGACUUUGAUCUUCUAGAGGAGGAAAUCCCUCACCGAUAA